CCUUGAUAAGUGACGGAUAAUUUCAGCCAACUAGAUGAAUGUGGUAAUUGUCCCAAAGCUAACAAAUAUCGCAUUAGUUGGUAGGAAAUUCCCGAUACAUUGAGAAUUCAAGUCACUCACUGGAGUUUUAACUCUAUUAGAAUAGAUGCUGUCUCUAUGAGACAUAAAUUGGGACAAAUUCAUUCCUUCGGUGUCUUUCGGGAUUAUGGAAAGCACUCUGAUUUCAUUUGCAUAUAAAACUUUUUGCGUGCAACAGAAACAGGAGUAAAAAAAUAAUACAUCUAUAUAUUGCAUACGUACUACAAAAUUCGGACGCAUAAUAUAUUGUGACAUUGGAAUACCCCUUGUUUAGGUCAGUCAGUUGAUGAUAUAAUUACGCGGAUUUAAUUUGGUUGACUUUGUGUACGUGAGUGGUUUUCUUGUACUCCGGGCGACUGUCAACAUGUGUAAGCCUCGUUGGUGUUGGCACAGUUGAAGUUGAAUUUGUUACUUGUUCAGUUUAUGUUAAAAAUGUUUUGACUGUAUUCGUGGUUUAAAUAAAAUGAUGAAACCAGGAGAAUGCAAGUAACGGCAAAGACUGUCAUGAAGAUAGCACAUCAAAAUGAAUAAACAAUAUGACGUGUAUGAAAUCGGGAUUACUAAUUUUACGAGUGAAUUGGCCGUUUAUGUUCCCCCGUAAAAGCGGGUUAUGGUCUGUGAAUUCGGGAAAGUUGUGUUGUUGGUUGAAUAUUAGCAACUCUAGGGUACAGUGAAUUUCGGUUUUAAGAUGCUUUUGAUGUACACCGCCACAUCACCUGAUGCUACCUAUCAUAGUUUGUCUGAAGAAUGCAAUGUUUUUGGCAGGAAUGUUUGGCGUGUCAUACUACUUUCGUAGUAAGAGUAAGGUACCUUGGUCAGCGAUAAACGUCUCCUAUACCCGCCUCGAUAGAGUCAAGUGUCACCUUAAGCCCAGUGAGUGUAACAGGUGCUAAAUACUUAUUAUGGUGUGCUUUUCGACACCUGCAAAUGGGUGGAGAGUUGGUCAGAUUAUUUAAGUCAGGGCCUGAAGUUUUGUCGCUACAAGGGCCUAUGAGGAUAUCCCGUUUGGAAUGGGGUCAACUACUGAUGUUUUCCAAUGUCACAAAGCAACUCUCUUAUUCAACUUUGUUAAGACGUUAGAGAUGACAGCGAGUGGUGAUUCGCAAAGCUGUAUUGUGUGGGUGUUGAGGUGGUUGUCACCUCAAUUGUCCACUGCAGAAUUUUACUUCUUUGCGGAACACCCGGGACAUAAAGCGAAUUAAUAAUUGGUGUUUCAGAUUUUGAGGAACAAGUGGUCUAGGACAGUCACACAUGUCCUGUUAUGAGUUGCAGUUAUAAGGCAUUGUUGGCUACUGAUCGCAGCAGGGGGAGUCUAGACGUACAACUGCUGGGGAUUUUUCAACCUUUCUCUACAUAGUGGACAGGCAGUAUGGCUAGCUUGCUGGUAGUCUGCAGGAAACUCCUUACUGUUAAUAUGACCUUAUUCUCCAGUGGCAUUUCACCGUCAGAUCCCCAACAGUACAAACGAUUUGUAGUAUGAAAGCAGUUGCUUUUAGUCAAAUGUCUAUCUAGACGACCUUUCUAGCAAAGCAAGACCUCUAGAAACGUUUCUGCCAGCCGACGUAGCUGUUCGUGUCUUUGUUGUUUGGAAGGUCACCUGUCGCUUGAAGGUGAUAGUUAUUUCUAAACUACUGGAUCGGGGAUUGAUUUGCAAACAGAAUGAUCCUAAGUGAAGAUGGCUCUUUCCUAGGGACGUAUUUUGUCGGCCCAUACGCUUGGAUUUAGUUCUUGAGCUUACAGGUUUGUCCCACUUCUUACCUAAGGCUUGAAUGAUUAUUGUGGCUCUUAGGCUGUUAGAUGAAUGACUUGCUGCGGGUAGUUUAGUGAAAUUAACAAUAGUAACGUUUUCAGAAGACAAAAAUUAAGAUCAGAACUGACUAAAUAUUGGCACUUUUAACGUGCGUUCAUCAUUGAAAGAGUUGUUCGGUUGAAUCUGUCGAAUUUUUGAAUAUCACUGAGUUUUUUUCACACAGUCAAGUUUCUCUAUCGUGUCAUUAUUUCCACAAUCGCUUUUUUCCGUGUGGUUUCUCGAAGUGUGGUGACAGAGUCCUGCAUUUUGUUCAGAGUGCCACAUUAGGUUGAAUUAUCAGUCACUAAAGGGUGUUGUUUGGUUGCUCUGGUGUGAUAUGUGGAAUUUGUGCAAGUUUGCUUCCAACUCUUGUCUGAUCACCCUACUGGUUCGUAAUGUCGACUUUGAUUCCAUUAUUCAAGCUGAUAUCAAAUGUCGAUGCUUAAUAUUUUUAUUAUGAGUUUAGUAUUUGAUCUGUACAUUUUCGCCUGGAAACCCUGUAUCGCUUUCCGCACAAUCGGUGACAGUCUACUCUUCUUUCAGUUUUAGCGAGUUCUAUCUUCUCAUAUGGCGACCACAUAGCAAUUUUCUGUUCACUUCCACUUUUACGGAAUGGGAAUCCACCUCAUGCUUUCACUUUACAACAAAUAACUUAGAGGAACUUUAGCAAGACAAACUGGACUUUCGCAGAAUAAAUGCUAAGUUCCUCUGAAUGAGGCGAAUACUUCACUGCUGGUGACCUCUCGCGCGCCUCAAGCAUCCUCUACCAAAAAUCAAGCAUAUGCUUACAUGCUGCCACCCCACUUGGAACACCAACCGUUUCCUCACGCAGAAAGCCAUUUAUAUUACAAAAGGAUUGUACAAAACUGGAGAGUCUCUUGACAAGUUACUUCAAACCACGACUUUGGCACACUAAGUUGAUCACUUGACACCCUCAGCUCCAUCUCACGAGCUCGGGAUUUGCGUAUGAGAGACGAAGAACGCACCGCAGUAGCCAGUCCUGCUAGAGUGUAUUGACUCACAGAAAUCUUGGAGAAGCGAAUGAACCGCAAAAACCACAGCACUUCUCUCCUCGUAGACAAAGGUAGGCUAUGCACUAACUCUGCAGACAUACGUGAACUAUUCAACAAAACUUUUGCAGGUAACUACCUUAAGUCCUCAGUCCAGCUACUCGAUGUACACCCUGUUACUAAUAUGGCACAAACUCCAUCUCCACUCACACCAAACCAAAUUAGUACUGUUGAAUUCACUUAUGCUAAUAUUAACCAAACUAUAAGAACCCUCAAAUCUCAAAAGGUUUUCGUACUGUCGGUAUAUUAUCCUAUAUUUAUAAAUAUAGUGGGCCUGACAUUCCUUUACUACUACUUAAAUUAUUCACAAUGUCCUUAGAAGCUCAAACUUACUCUGAUAUGUGGAAACCAACAUUUAUUAUGCCUAAACACAAAUCUGCUCGGAAACAAGUCAACAACCACGGCCGAUCAGUAUCACACCUAUCGCAUCUAGAAUUAUGGAGAGACUAGUUUAAGAUAACCUACUCAAACAUAUGCUUAGCUGCAACAUUGUGAGUCCGAACCAACAUGGAUUCCUAAAAUCCAGAUAUUGUUUAACAUGCCACCUAAACUGCUUUAAUUUUGUGACCAGUAGUUGUGACAGACGGCAACUAGUACUUGUCAUCUACUUUGACAUUUCUAAGGCAUUUGACCGUGCCGACCAUUUACUGUUAAUACAUAAGCUGAACUCCUUAGGAAUACGUGACCCAUUAUUAGGAUGGCUUAAAUCAUUCCUUAACAACAGGUCCUAAAUAGUUUAACUGAGGUCUGUAACUUCCGAACAUAGUCCAAUCACUUCUGGUUUAGUACAAGGUAGUGUCAUUGGACCCCUAUUUACACUUAACAUCAACGGCAUAUGCGCUUGCUUCUCAAAUUGUGCCUGCCUACUUAACACGAGUACUUCCGUAGUUCGCUGUGUAUUUAUUAGGCGUCAGGUUUUCGUCACUGAUGAUUAUGAUUUUUACCUUUGGUUAACGAGCCGAAUAUUUUUGUCAGCUGCAUAUGUCCACUUCAUUCGUAUCUCUGUGGUUCGUUCAUUGUAGUUUCUUCCGUUUCACGCCCUGCCUCUAUAUUUGGCAUGGAGUGUAACAACUUGAACUUCUGCACUUGUGUAUAGUGUGUUACUCUGAAAACUCGGUCAUUGAAAGCGUAAUAAGAAAUUACCGAAUAUACGUAUUUGCUUGGAUUGCUUUCCAUUACUGUAUGAAUCAGUCACUGAUUUCACACAGAUAAAGAAAAUUACAUGGCUCCGUACAAAAUUGUGUUUAUUCGUCAUGGUGAAAGUGUUUACAAUGAAGAGAAUAGAUUCUGUGGUUGGCAUGAUGCAGAUCUUUCAGUUCAAGGCGUGAAUGAAGCUAAACAAGCUGGUCAACUUCUUCGUCAAAAUCAAUUCACUUUUGAUAUUGCCUAUACAAGUGUUCUGAAAAGAGCAAUUAAGACGUUGAACUUUGUUCUAGAUGAACUUGAUCUGAAUUGGAUUCCCGUCUCAAAGACUUGGCGUUUAAAUGAGCGGAUGUAUGGUGCUCUUCAAGGAUUGAAUAAAUCAGAAACUGCAGCUAAACAUGGAGAAGAACAAGUUAAAAUAUGGAGACGAGCAUACGACAUCCCCCCGCCUCCAGUUGACCUUGAAGAUCCUCGCUUCCCAGGGAACGAAGCAAAGUAUGCAUUGCUGGACAGUUCAUGUAUACCACGCACAGAAUGCUUGAAAGAUACAGUACAACGUGUACUUCCUUUGUGGUUUGAUACUAUUGCUGCGAAUAUAAAGUCGUGCAAGCGUAUUCUGAUUGUUGCUCAUGGAAAUAGUUUACGGGCUCUUAUCAAGUACUUGGAUAAUGUGUCUGACUCAGAUAUUGUAGAACUCAAUAUACCUACUGGUAUUCCUCUUGUUUACGAGCUUGACAAUAACUUAAGACCAAUUAAACACUAUUAUCUAGCUGAUGAGGCAACAGUUGCAGCUGCUAUUGCUCGUGUAGCUAAUCAAGGCAAAAAGAAAUAAAUAAUAAUAUUAUAAUAUGAAGUUGAUCACUAGGUUGAAUGCUUUUCAUUUUCUGUCUUCAUGUAGUAAUCCUCCCCCGAAUGUGAACUGUGAUGAUGAAUCAUAUGUAGUUGACUUGCUUAACUUACAGUAUUUGACAUGCACACAGACAGUACAGUUGAUUGGUUCACUCAUUGUAAUUUUAAUUGAUGAAAUCAAGUAAAUAUAUACUUUUCUGAUCUCU